AUGUCACGAACGAAAGGAAAGAAGCCAGGUAGUGGCAAGGUCCAGGCUGUAGCUCCUGCUCCUGCCGCCGUAGCCCAAGCUGGUGAUGCUGCAUCCGCUGCUGCUGCUGCCCCUGUUGCCGAGGGUGGCGCUGACUUCGACUCACAAGCUGACGGUGGUGCAAAGAAGGGCAAGCUCAUCCGACUACGAGGAAAGCGAGGUGGUGUCAAGCAUCACAAGGGAAAGAACGCUGCUGGCAACAAGCAAGGCGGUGUCCAGAAAGCAGCUCUCAAAGAAGCUCGCAAGGUCAAAGGCGAUGCUGUCAACAAGAAGGCCAACAAAGCUGACACAGAGAAUGACACAGGUAUCGCCGCUACACCUGUUCCACCAGCAGAGCAUGCCGAAAAGAUCGCCAAGUUCCACACUCUGCUCAAGCAGCUCGAACAGGCAAAGACCGCAGAGGAGAAGGACGAGAUUCAGGCUGGCCUCGACUCCCUUGGGGGUCUCGCACAGUACCAAGCCUGGUCGUUGACAGGUUCCGCCAAGUCCGGUCAGACACCUACCAGCAAGUGGUGCAUGGAGGCUCUCAACACCGUCUACCAGCAUGACCGCAACCUUCCCAAGUUCCGCGUUCUCGACGUUGGUGCCAUCACCGGCACUGCUUACUCCAAAUACCGAUGGGUUGACGCUAUCUACAUCGACCUUCACCCGCAAGGCGACAAAGUGCAGAAAUACAGCUUCUUCGACUUCCCCGUUCCUGCCAAAGAAAAGGACAAGUACAACAUGGUCGCACUCAGUCUCGUUGUCAACUUCGUGGGCGAUGUCAGGAAGAGGGGAGAGAUGUUGAGGCACGUACACAAGUACUUGCCCGAGAACGACGAUGUUCCUGGCUUCUGCUUCUUGGUCCUGCCGUUGAGCUGUUUGACCAACUCGCGAUACAUGAACCAGUCUCACUUAAGGGCGAUCCUCAGCUCGCUUGGCUUCAACGUUCUCAAGCAGUCCGAUUCGGCCAAGCUUUCCAGGUGGUUGCUCCAGCGUAAGCCAUUGGCUGAGCGAAGAGAGGCUGCGGCAGCUUCCGAGGCUCCUGGCGCAUCCGACGAUUGGGAUGGAACCGUCUUCAAGAAGCGCGAGCUCAACCCAGGCAAUGACCGAAACAACUUUGCUAUUGUUGUCGACCCCAAGCCCGAGUAG